CGCGUCGCUCACUACCUCCGACAAACGCGCCGCAAACUCAUCGGCAGCUGCCCCGACCGCCGCCGCCGCUCCCCGCACCUGAUCACCCUCCUUACUCGCCGAGCCAUGGCCGCAAGAGGCGUGGCCCUGCUCGCCUGGCAGCAAAAGCUGGGGCAGCAGACGGCGCGCCAGGCCCACAUCGGUUUCAGGUAUGCUGCUGGUCUCGGCUACUCGUCUCUGCCACCGGUGCUGAGCGCUGGACGGAUACAUGCCCAUGGCCAUGGCCAGCUGUUGAGGGCGUUCUCGUCGGCUGCCGCUACUCGCCCAACGCUCAGCAUCCGCGAUGCGGCAGUGGUCCGCCUCGGACGCCGCUUCGAAUCGACUGAGGCCGCCAAGCCGGAAGAGAAGGCGACGUCCACCCCGACCACGACGGCGACGCCCACCCCGGCCACGACACCUGCCUCGACCAGCGUCGCGACCAAGCCUGAAAAGUCGGCAGACACGGCAUCGGUCGGCAAGCUCAUCUCGCUCGCCAAGCCGCAGUGGAAGCUGCUGACGUUUGGCGUCGGCAUGCUUGUCGUGUCUACCGGCGUCAGUCUGUCCGUCCCUUACAUCAUCGGUCGUAUCAUCGAUUUCUUCGCCCCCGGAUCCAAGGAGACUCUGUUGUUCGGCAUGCCUCUCGAACAGGCCGCUCUGGCCCUUGCUGCCUUCCUGCUGUUCGGCGCACUGGCCAACUCGGCCCGCAGCAUCGCGCUUCGUCUCGCUGGUCAGAAGACUGUCGCUCAGAUCAGGAACAAGACAUACAAGCAGUAUCUCGCCCUCCCGCCAUCACACAUUGAAAGCACGGGCGUCGGUGAUGCCUUGUCGCGCUUGGGCCAGGACUCGUCUAUCGUCGGCCAGAGUUUGAGCGAAAACCUCGGCGAGGGUCUCAAGGCGGUUCUUGGCACGGCAGUCGGAGUCGGAGCCAUGUACCUCAUCUCGCCCAAGCUCUGUGGUGUCAUGCUCCUGCUCUUCCCUCCUAUUUCGAUCGGCUCGUACUUUUAUGGUCGCUACAUUCGCCAGCUGUCCCUCAAGACGCAGGAGGCGCUCGGUAACAUGAGCAAAACCGCCGAGGAGCGUCUCUCCGCGCACAGGACAGUCACAGCGUCCAACAUGCAGCCUCUGGAGCGUGCUCGCUUCGCUCAAAAGGUCAACACCGUGUUUGGUCUCCAGAAGAAGGAGACGUACGCGAACGGUAUCUUCCAGGGUGCAAACGAAGUCGCCGGUGACCUUGCCAUGAUCGGUCUUCUUAUCUACGGCGGUAUUCUGGUGCAGCGCGGCGAAAUUACCGUCGGCGACAUGACCACCUCGCUCAUUUAUGUCAACUGGAUCGAGUGGAGUUUGAACACUCUCGCGUCGUUCUUUACUGGUCUUAUGCGUGGUGUUGGUGCUUCCCAGCGCAUCAUCUCUCUUCACGCUCUGGACUCGCCCGUUCCCCUUUCUAUUGGUGCCCCUGUCACCAAGAAGGACGCUGGUGCUAUUGAGCUCCGCGACGUUGCGUUUGCGUACCCCUCGCGCCCCGAUGUCAAGGUCCUCGACGGCGUCAACCUCCGCAUUGACCAGGGCGAGCAGGUGGCUCUCGUCGGCGGAAGUGGUAGCGGCAAGAGCUCAAUCCAGCUGCUUCUUCUCCGCUUCUACGACCCCACGUCGGGCCAGGUCCGCUUCGGCUCCAAGGACAUUCGCGACUUUGAGCCCGAGUCGUGGCGUGGCCGCAUCGGCUACGUGCCUCAGGACCCUGUGCUCUUCGGCGGUACCAUCGAGGACAACAUCAAGUACGGCCACCCCGACGCCACGCGCGGUGAGGUCAUCCGCGCGGCCAACAUUGCCCACUGUGACUUCAUCGAGCGCCUGCCCGAGGGCUACGACACGGUCAUCACCAAGGCAAGUCUGUCGGGCGGCCAGCGCCAGCGUAUCGCCAUUGCGCGUGCGCUCGUCGGCCACCCGUCAGUGCUGAUGAUGGACGAGGCGACGUCGGCUCUCGACUCGGAGUCUGAGCGCGCCGUCAACGCUGCGCUCGACACGCUUUUCAACGACACGGACAUCACUGUCAUUCUCAUUGCCCACCGUCUCUCGUCUAUCGCGUCGGCUGACCGCGUCGUUUACCUUGAGGGCGGUCGGGUUAUGGAGGAUGGAUCGUACCCCGACCUCAUCUCGCGUCCUCACGGCCGCUUCAGAAAGAUGGUUCAGGGACAAUUGGCCGCGAUUGGCGACCCUGCUGAGGAUGAGGGACCUGUUGAGCCCGUCACUCCUCCGGAGGAGCCGUCGUCCCAGCCAGCCAUCACCGUCAACACCCCUGCUGCCGUCGCCGCUUCGCCUUUCGCCAACGGCCAGCGCCGUCACGCCCACACCCGUGCCGCCGCCCGCCGCUCCUACUCGUCCCAGCCCCCUGUUCCCGAGCCCCCGGUCGCCGAGGCGGCCAAGGACGUGAUCAAGGCCCUCCCCCCUGCGAAGGACUACAGCACCGUCUGGCAGGCGGCGUCUGCUCCGGCAACUCCCCUGGCUGACCUCGGUGCCGGCGUGCCGGCCGCCCCCGAGGCUCCUCUCUCGGCAUACAAGCCCGUGCCACCUUUCACUGCCCGUCGCUUGAUCGGCGUCUACUCCAAGCUGUCGAAGCGCAACCUUUCCGUCCUCAUGACGCUGACCGCUACGACCGGAUUCGCCCUCUCGCCCCUGCCCCUCUCCCUUCCUGUGCUGCUCAACCUCACAAUCGGCACGUUCCUUACUUCGGCCGCGGCCAACACAAUCAACCAGAUCCUCGAGGCUCCGAUUGACGCGCAGACGCCCCGUACCCGUGUCCGUCCGCUCGUCGCCCGUCUCGUGACGCCUUUCCAUGCCGCGAUGUUCGCGACCGUCUGCACUGUCGCUGGCGGCGCGAUCCUCUGGUUUGGCUGCAACCCCACGACGGCUCUCCUCGGCAUUGGCAACCUGAUCCUCUACGCCGGCGUCUACACGCCGAUGAAGCGCUUCAGCGUUUCCAACACGUGGAUUGGUGCCGUUGUCGGUGCCAUCACCCCGCUCAUGGGCUGGACGGCCACCGGUGGCUCCCUCUGGCCCACGGCUGAGCAGCCGCUCCUCCUCCACUGGCCCUUCUCCGACCUGCCUAUCGACCUUCCCAACCCGCUCACCGCCUGGAUGCUCGCCAUCCUGCUGUUCUCGUGGCAAUUCCCCCACUUCAACGCCCUCUCGCACAUGAUUCGGCCGUUCUACGCCGUGUCCGGCUACCCGAUGCUUUCCGUGCUCUCGCCGCGUCUCAACGCCCUCGUGUCAUUGCGGCACACGGCGCUUCUGGUACCGAUCUGCGCCGUCCUUGCCCCUCUGAGUGGAUCGGUGGACUGGUCGUUUGCCCUCACCUCUGCGCUGCCCAACGCCGUCUUCCUCAAGUCCGCGUGGGAGUUUUACAAGCGCACCAAUGAGACGACGGCCAAACGUGUCUUCUUCGUCAGCCUGUGGUACCUGCCUGCAGUGCUCGUGCUCAUGCUAGUGCACAAGAACCUGUAUGGGUGGCUGCGGCGAGAGAUGGACUGGGAGAACAGCGACGAGGGAAGGAAGGAAAUACGGGCAAUUGAGGAGAGCCGAGCGAGCUCGCCCGCACCGGCAGCACAUGCGCCGAUGCCGGCUCCGGCGUUCGACGACAUCCCGCCCGACUUUGACUUUGCGUCGCUGUUCCCUGCGCGGCCGGUCCAGCCGAUCGAGGAGGCCUUCUCGCCGCCCGACGCCGAGUUUGACGCCGUGCGCGAGGAGGCCGAGCACCGGCCGCUCGAGGACGCGUCGUUCGAGGUCGAGCACCCUGCCCCGCCGUCGCCGGUGACGUUUGACGCGGCGGACGCGGUGCCCAAGCGCCGGCGACGCAAAAAGGCCGACAUCGUCGCGGCGUACCACCCGCCGCUGCCGCUCGGUGCCAUGCCCGAGGACGGGAUGACGCGGUUCGACUGGCGCGGACGCGCGCUCAGCAGGCAGAAGCACACCGCGGGGAGAUACUGGUUCCCCGAGGCGUUUCGGACACGCGUGACACCGCCCAUGACUAAGGUGACCGAGAUUGAGCCCCUGUUCGACGAGCUGAGGCGAUACUCUGAGCACUUUGUGCCGCUGCUGCAAGCUGAGCAGAACGAGGCGGAACACCAGUUCGAAGCCAGGUUGAAAGAGUGGCCGGAUGACAAGCUCCGCCGAGAGGGAUACAUGCUCGACAAGCUCGUCGCGAACACCGACUUCAAGCCCUCGUACAAGGUCGAGGGCAAGGUUGUCACCUUCUCGCGUGCCGGGUCAGAUGCGACAAAGCCGCUCCCGCCGCACCUGUUCUCUGCUGGCCAGGCAGUGCUGUGGAGCCGGACGGACCCGCUCGUCGACGCUGUAUGCGAGCCGGGAGCCAAGGACACCGAGGCCAAGCUCCGCGGCGCCGUGCUCUCCGCCACGCGCGGGCACGUGCGUGUGGUCUUCCCCUCGCUGCCAGACGACUUUGAUCGCGGGACGUGGCGAAUCGAUAUCGGGUGCAGCGACUUUGCGUACCGCCGCCAGCGGGAAGCGAUUGACCGGCUCAACCUCGACCCCGUGCAACAGGACAUGAGCCAAUUCAGGAGCGGCGGCCAGGUCGCCGGGCCGCGGGCGAUCGAGGACGAGGUGCUCGAUGAGAAUCGCAGACGGUCAAACUCGGAGCAGCAGGUGCUCGUGGGGACCGCGUUGCGGGACCUCCUCCUGCGCAGAUUCCAGCUCGACUACGCCCCGCCGUCGAUGGGCGCGCCGGCUGGCGACGAAGUGGUGGUGCACGACGCGCUUGACAUGAAGCCUUCGGACGUGGACGCGACGCUCAGCCCGACGAUGCAUGCCGAUGAGGCCGCGCCCCGCGGCGUCAUCUCCCGUAACAAGCUCAUUGAUAGCUGGACACGACGAUACCGCACCCCCGAGGGACAGGACCCGGUGGUCGUUGAGGGCGAUCCCGUCGUGCCGCUCAACGCUAGUCAGACGCGGGCGAUUGCCAUGAUGCUCAGCGAGCGGCUGAGCUUGGUGCAGGGGCCCCCUGGAACCGGCAAGACCCGCGUCAUUGUCGAAACGAUCAAGCUGCUCAAGCAGCACUGGCAACUCCCCCACCCUAUCCUAGUUUGUGCCCACACCAACGUCGCGGUGGACAACCUGCUCGACGGCCUGCGUUCGCACGGCCUCAAGCCGGUGCGGUUCGGCACAGCGGCGCGCGUGCCCGCUCAUCUCCAAGACUACACAUUUGAGAGCAGGAUGGAGGAGCACCCCGCGUUCCGCGCACUCGAACGGGCCAAGGAGGAGCAGAAACUGCUGCGAGACAAGAUGGCCGACGGUGCCAUGCCUGCCCCUGUGCGCAAGGCGCAUCAGCUGCGCGUAAACCAGCUCAACGGGCAAAUCUUUGGGCUCAAGAAGAGACUGCAGUUUGAGGUGCUUGCCGAUGCCGACGUCGUGUGCACGACAUGUCUGUCUGCCACUUCGCGCAUGCUGGACAACAUCGACUUUCCGUUUGUCUUCCUCGACGAGGCAAGCAUGGCCACAGAGCCUCUCUCGCUCGUGCCGCUUACGAAGGGCUCGUCACAAGUGGCCAUCAUCGGCGACCAUAAGCAGCUCCCGCCCGUCAUUGUGAGCGAGGAGGCGCAGGCCGGCGGACUCGCCACCAGCAUGUUCGAACGCCUCAUCCACGAGCGCCACAUCCCGUCCAUCAUGCUCGACACGCAGUACCGCAUGCACCCGGAUAUCUCGGCCUUCUCCAGCAAGACGUUCUAUAAUGGACAGCUUAAGGACGGGACGGUGGGCGGUGACGGGCAGGUCCGCGCGGGACUCGAGCCGCCCGCGACGGACUUUUUGCAGGUGACGCCCGAGGGCAAACGCCUCAACGUGACCUUUUUGAAUCACGACUUUCCCGAGUCGCCCGAGAACCAGAGCAUUGCGAAUCACCACGAGGCAAGCCGUGUGUGUGAUAUCGUGUAUGACCUACUGGACAAGAACCCUGAUCUGCGGGGCGAGGAUAUCGGCGUGAUUGCGCCGUACGCUGCGCAAAUCCGCACGAUUACCGAGUAUCUCCACGUCGACCCGAAUAGACAGUACGGGUUCCAGCAAGUGCUUGGUGCCGAGCGCGCAAUGCAAGUCGCCGACGUCGAGGUCAAGACUGUCGACGGGUUUGAAGGGCGCGAGAAGCAGGUCAUCGUCUUCUCGACUGUGCGAUCCAACUCGGCGGGAUACAUUGGUUUCCUGUCCGACUGGCGGCGGCUCAAUGUCGGGCUGACGCGAGCCAAGAGGGGCUUGAUCAUCCUGGGGUCGGCACGGACGUUGGCCAUGGCCCGCACGGGCGUGUAUGCGACCGAGUCUCUGCCCAAGGACGGUGCGCGGGUGUGGCGCGAGUUCAUGGCGCAUCUGCGGGCCAACGACAUGGUGGUGGACGAGGAUGGGGGGUAGGGGACGCGACUGUAUUAGAGAC